CAAUUUGCUUUGAGCAAGCAUAUGCGUUAAGGCAUAUUCUUCAUCUAGAUUUAUGAAAUAAACAAGAAAAGCAAAGCCUUGUCGUAUCCGACAGUCUGCCUCACCAACAAUCUUUUAUAAAUGAAACAUUCUUAAUAUAAUCAAAGAGGAAUAUGAACACGACCUAAAAUGCAUGAGCCAAAGGUUGUUCUAGUCACCGGUUGUGCAAAAGGUGGCAUUGGAUUUGAGUAUUGCCGGGCAUUUGCCGAGCAGGAUUGCCGGGUCAUCGCCUCCGAUAUCCCUCAACGCAAGGAUGACAUGCUAGAUUUCGGUUCUGAUAAAAUCGAAAUGGAAGAGCUUGAUGUUUCAUCAGACGAGAGCGUAUCAUCAGUUGUGAAUGGUAUUAUAUCCAAGUACGGUCACAUUGAUGUGCUUGUAAAUAAUGCUGGUAUAGGAAGCACCGGACCGUUAGCCGAGCUUCCGUUAGAUGCAAUCAGGAAAGCUUGGGAAAUCAAUGCACUGGGGCAGUUAAGAAUGGUGCAACAAGUUGUGCCUCACAUGGCGUCGAGGUGUCGGGGAGUUAUAGUUAAUGUAGGGAGCAUCGUUGGGAAGGUGCCGACACCAUGGGCGGGGUCAUAUUGUUCUAGCAAGGCUACAGUCCAUGCCAUGACCAACAGUUUGCGAGUUGAAUUAAGGCCCUUUGGCAUCGAUACGGUGCUUGUGAUGCCUGGUUCUGUGAGAUCGAAUUUCGGAAACUCUAGCCUCGAGAGGCUGGGACACCAUGAUUGGAAACUUUAUAAGGAAUUCAAGGAGGCGAUUGCAGAGCGGGCCAGGGCUUCGCAAGGUUCAAAGGCAACGGAUGCAACUAUGUUCGCAAGGCAUGUAGUGAAGAAGGUUUUGAGUCCUAAACCACCAAAGCAGAUAGUGUUCGGUCACAUGACUGGCUUGUUUGCUGUUCUUUCAUUGUCCCCGCUUUGGGUUAGAGAUAUGUUUUUUCGAACUCGUUUCAAUUUAAAUAAGAAAAUGUAAUUGAUUAUAAUUAAUUGAACAUAAAUAUCGGAUACAAAUAUAUGUCCGAUAUAUAUAUUUUUAACAAAAAAUAUCCAACACAAAUACUUAAAAAACUGUACUAAUGAAAUUAAUUAUAAAUUAAUUACUGGUAUUGCUAUGUUUAUGAAUCACUGGUAUCUAUGAAAUUGCACAAAAAUGUACAGACUUUCCUUUUAAUGGUGAUAUUAAGGAAUUGCAAAAAUUUUUAUAUUCAAUUUUCAAAAACUUCGAAAAACAAAAAGAAUUUAACAAAAUUAUUCUCAAGUCUAAGUAAUAUAACUUAUAUGUAAUGGAAUUUCAUUUCAACCUUUUAAAGGUUUUACGGUCACACCAUUGAAACGCCUCUCAUGGUUUCUUUGCAAACUGAUGGGAGAUUUAAACACCUCAUUUGCUAUUUAUAUCAAUUUUUUUAAAUAUAUUUAUCGCAUAAUUUUGUUCUUAAUCUAGUUCAUGACUAUGCCAUAAUCUACUUGUUUAUUGUAUAAAGGAAACAAGCAUCACAUUUCAACAAAAUCUUAUAUAAUUUUUUAAAAUUUUGUUACAUAAAAUUUUUACUGACAUUAUAUCUGUCAAAACCAUUUUUUUGAAAACGGGAAAUCGACUUUUGAAAACGAAAAGUUGGGAGUCGCCACCAAUCCUUUUUGUUUAGGUGUGAUCGAGUCACCCUGUGGUUGAUUAUUUUAAUAAAAUAUUUUGAUUUAUUAAAACAACAUUUUUGGUCUACGAAAAACUAGAAAAUGGAUUCGGGAGUCAGUUACGCACGAGGAAGGAUUAGCACCCUCGCAAAGCCCAAUAUCGGUACCGUAUUAUCGAUUAAUGUCCUAAUGUUGAAAAUUUGAAAAAAUUUUAAAAUACAAUCUUUAAAAACGCUUGGAUAACUUAAAUUGGAUAUUGAGAUUCUCUCGCUUAAAAGAAAUAAAAUAUUACGUCCAGCACGAUUGGAUACAAUAUUUCGAAACCUCAACACAGGAUCAUCUCAAGAUUUCCAAAACACAUGCACUUAAAACUUUUAAAAAGGAUAUUUGGCUAUUCGGCCCUUCGGCCCAAAUGGUAAAUCGAAACCUCGACACAAGAUCAUCUCAAGAUUUCCAAAACACAUGCACUUAAAACUUUUAAAAAGGAUAUUUGGCUAUUCGGCCCUUCGGCCCAAACGGUAAAUCGAAACCCAGCACGAUUGGGCACGAUUUAUCGAAUUUCCAAAUACGAAACAUUGCCUCAUUUUAAUUUGAGAAAACAUGGAUGAAAUGUCGGAAGGAUAUUCCGUAUCUUAGCCGAAUAAAAAAACGAAACCCAGCACAAUUGGGCACGAUCUCUCAAACUUCCAAACACGGAAUAUUGCAUCAUUUUAGUUUAAGAAAACAUGGAUGAAAUUUCAAAAAAGAUAUUCCAUAUUUUAGUCGAAUGGAAAAUUGAAGCCCAGCGCGAUUGGGCAGGACUUCCCAAAACUUCCAAACACGAAAUAUUGCCUCGUUUUAUUUUAAGAAAAUGUGGAUAAAAUUUCAAAAAGGAUAUUUCAUAUUUUUAGUCGAAUGGAAAAUUGAAACCCAAUACGAUUGGGUACGACUUCCCAAACUCCCCAAAUACGAAAUAUUGCCUCAUUUUAAUUUUAACAAAACAUGGAUGAAAUUUCGAAAGGAUAUUCCGUAUUUUAGCUGAACGAAAAAUCGAAACCCAGCACGAUUGGGCACGAUUUCUUGAACCUCCAAACACGAAAUAAUUCCUUAAGUUGAGAGGGUAGGAGUUGACAAUGAUAAAAGUCGAGUUAAAACGUACUUGUUUGAUUUGUUUGGAGAUAAAAGGCUAUCGACAUUUAGAAAAUAUGGAAAUUACAAUCAUGUUGCAUUACCAAGAAAUUAAACAUAAGCAUAUGCACUAAAUCUAAUUACUGAUGGUGACACAUGAUGUGCAAAACCGUACGAAGAUUUAGAGUCAAUGCAAUAUAAUCGAUUUAAAGGCUAUUAAAUAUGUACAGGAAAAAUACACAUGCUAGAAUUUGAAAUAAUUUGUAUGUACAUAAAACUAAUAAUAUAUGGUCAAUUCUUUAAAUAUACAACAUGUAAGAAGUAAUUGAAAUAAAUAAUAUGUUACAAAAAUUCAAAUGAAACAACUCGAUUUAACUAAUUAUGUAUAUGCAUAUGAAGAUGAAAAAUUAAUGUAAAUAAUAUAUACACAGAAUUACUAAAGUAUUUAAAAUAAAUAAACAGUUUAAGCUAGGAUGCUCAAAAGAAGAUUAACUUAUACAUAAAUAAAUUUAAAAGGAAAGAAAGGAAAAAAAUACCUAAAUAAAUUUAAAAGAUAUUUGCAUGAAAUAAUAUAGUCCAACAGUGUGUACUUAAAGUAUAAAAAGCUAUGUAUACGUGCACACAAUAGUACUAAAUUAAAAUCAUAUAAAGACGUAGAAAUAUAUGUGUUAAAGGGAGUUUAAAAUAGAUAAAUUGUAAGGUAAAACCAUUUUAACACACAAAAAAAAAUAUAAAAAUAAAUUAAUGAAAAUAUAAAAUAACCAAUUAAAACCAGUAAAGUCUGCAAAGACAAUUUCUAAAAGAUGACUAAUGAAACAAUUUUAAAAACAAAGAAUAAAAAAGGUAUACUGAGAUAACAAAUAUUCAAUUGAAAUAAAAAAAAUAUAAUAAAAAAGGACAAUUUGAAAAUAAAUGUAGUGAUGAAACAUAAUUAAGGAUUUAAAAAGAUAAUGCGCGUAAACGAAAAGGGAUUGAAAAUACAAAUAACCCAACUCCUCAAACGUGAUGCCUCAAAACGGGCCAAAAUGCAAAAGCACGAGAACUUUGCGCAAAAUUUAAAAAAACGAAUUAAAUGUGAAUAGGGUUAAUUAAAAGAUGAGAUAAAAAGGAGGGCCAAGUAUGAAAAUAACCCCACAAGCCCAAAAUGCAUGGAUCAUAGCACCCCAAACGGUGCCAUUUAAAAUGCAGUACAAAGAGUCUUCCUUUUUUUAAACCAAAAUUCAUUUGGUUUCUGCCAUUUUUGAAAUAGAAUAUGGCAACCCCUUUUUCCCCAAUUUGCUAGGGCUUGCACCCUAUUUUGGUGCACCAAAAAUGGAGGGUCAUCGGCACCCUCAUGCCGUUGCCUCCGGUGCCUAUCCACGGCGAACCCAGGAGCACGUCUCUAAUGUGGAGGUGGAGUGGCAUACAACACGGAGGAGGUGCGUGACGUGCGGAAGAGGGACUGCUUCAAUUUGUUGAAACGGCACAAAAUGACUGCUAGGGUUUCCUUUACUGAAGAUGUGCUGGGUUUGUGGGCCAAUUGGGCCCUUAAAAAUUUGGGUCUGAAUUGGUAAACAAAGUGGACUGUUUAUUUUGGUUUUUAUUUAUGGGUCCCGGGCUGAAUUGGGCCAUAACAAUAUCAUAAUUUAAUAUCUAUCUAUACUUGUAUCAACUCCUUCACCACAUUGCGAGUUAAUCAGACAUAAUUUAAUUGAGAUAUUAGUAAA